CUAUUGAUAAAACAUGAUAACAAAAUUAAAGAUACAGGUGUUGACUAAUUUAAAUAUUUUUAAAUGGAGUAUAUUAACUAAUAUUUUACUAAUUUUUAAUUGUAUUAUCUGUUGUUGAAAUUCAAAUAAAAUCUGUAUAUUGUUCAAAAAAAUGGCUAGGUGGCAAAUAGAGGUAGCUCGUAUGGCUAUAUACAUGGCUUUCCCAGUUGUUCUUUUUCAUUAUUUUAACUUACCUGAAAAUUAUGAAGAAAAAGUAAUUCAAUUCAAAAGAGAAAUGUGUCCACCUGAACGACCUGAACCCCAAGAAAAAAUUGCUGAACUUAAAAGACUUUUUCAAGAACGCAAAGAAGCAGAAUUAAGGAAAGUGUUUGAAGAAUAAAAAUAUUUAUUCACUUAGUUUUUGUAUAUAUUAAUUUAAUGUUUUGUAAAAGAAUAAAAAAAUGUGUAUAAUUGAACAAUA